ACAACACUGAUCUUCUCUAUUUAGAUGGAGAAUAUUUCUUGUUCCAUUCUUUACGUCCUUCUCUUUCUUAUAGCUCUUCUCUUAUACUAUCAUAUUUCAUUAAAGAAAUCAAAAUGGAGAAACUUACAAAAAGCAAAGCUGCCUCCUGGUUCAAUGGGCUGGCCGUACAUAGGGGAAACUCUCCAACUGUACUCUCAAGUUCCAAGUGUCUUCUUUGCUAACAAACAAAAAAGGUAUGGUGAUAUAUUCAAAACACACAUUCUUGGGUAUCCUUGUGUUAUGCUAGCUAGUCCUGAAGCUGCCAGAUUCGUGCUGGUAACUUACGCUCACUUGUUCAAACCAACGUACCCUAAGAGCAAAGAGAGGUUGAUUGGUCCUUCUGCUUUGUUCUUUCACCAAGGAAACUACCAUUCUCGACUAAGGAAGCUGGUUCAGAGCUUGCUAGCUCCUGAAGCUCUUCGUAAACUAAUUACUGAUAUCGAGGACUUGGCCAUUUCUUCCUUGGAAUUAUGGGCGGAAAAAAACCAAACCAUCAAUACAUUCCGUGUGAUGAAGAAGUUCUCCUUUGAAGUAGGCAUUCUUGCUAUAUUUGGUCAUCUGGAUGCUAAGUACAAAGAGGAGCUCAACAAAAACUAUUCCAUAGUAGAAAAGGGCUAUAACUCUUUCCCUACGAACUUACCCGGAACUGCUUAUUACAAAGCUAUGGUGGCAAGGAGGAAGCUUAAUCAGAUUCUUAGAGAGAUAAUCAGUGAAAGGAAGGAGAAAAAAAUGGUAGAGAAAGCUCUCUUGUGUCAUCUGUUGAAUUUCAAAGAUGAGAAAGGGAAGAAUUUAACAGAAGAUCAAAUUGCUGACAAUGUCAUCGGAGUACUCUUUGCCGCCCAGGACACAACAGCUAGUGCUUUAACAUGGAUUCUUAAGUACCUCUCUGAUGACCAGAAACUUUUAGAAACUGUUAAGGCAGAACAAAGAACAAUUUACGAAUCAAAUGGAGGAAAGAAGCCGUUGACAUGGGCUCAAACAAGAAAUAUGUCACUAACUUACAGGGUCAUUUUAGAGAGCUUAAGGAUGUCUAGCAUUAUAUCUUUCACCUUUAGAGAAGCUGUGGCUGAUGUAGAAUACGACGGUUACUUGAUUCCAAAAGGUUGGAAGGUCAUGCCACUAUUUAGAAACAUUCAUCACAAUCCAGAAUUUUUUGCCGACCCUCAAAAUUUUGAUGCUUCCAGAUUUGAGGUUGCUCCCAAACCCAAUACCUACAUGCCAUUUGGCAACGGUGCCCAUGCUUGUCCUGGAAAUGAACUUGCCAAACUGGAGAUGCUGAUUUUGAUUCAUCAUUUGGUUACCAAAUUUAGGUGGGAAGUCGAAGUUUCCAAAGGAGCAGUACAGUAUAGUCCAUUCCCAAUACCUCAGCAUGGACUCCCAUCUAGGUUCUGGAAGGAAACAAGAAGCCAAAGAGAUCCCUAGAAAACAAGAUGCCACCUGAUAAAAACUAAUA